AUGGCCUCACAAAAUAAGCCUGCACUAAAAUAUCAACCUCCGGAUUGGUUCACAAACGCCUUCGCGAUUAGCGCAAAUUCACAAAGGCAGCGAGACGCUUCCCAUCAGGUCAGACAGGAAACCCGGUCAACACGAUUGGCUGCUGCACUGCGAACUAAAUGGGAUGAGUACAACAAUACAACACGAUUGGCGGACAGAACAGACGCCAUCAGGGAUUUAAGGGAUAUACUGGACCUGGCUAAAGCCCAGGUUGAUGAAGAAUUAACGAUGAUUCAAAUGGGAAAAGAUGCCUUAGAAGAACAAAUGCGCAACAUACAAACGCCAAGAGACUGUGUCACAGAAUGCCUCACUCUUCGUGAUAAACGGAAGAAGAUAGACUUUGUAGAGGAUGGAGCAGAGGUGCAACUAAAGAAGGAGCAAGAGUUGAUUGCGAAUUCAACUAGGGCUCUACAGCAGAAGGUUGACGAGUCGUUUGAACAAAUGUUACUAUUAAAAGAAUCGAGAAACCAAUUAAUUAUGGAUCUGCAACAUAAAAAUGAGGCUAUGGACAUUGAUAUGCAGCAAUACAAGCUCCGGCCUGAAUGCCCCGGAGUAUCUUUCAAACCGAACUCAACGCGUAUACCCAAGGGCACGGUCACUCCACAACAAUGGGAGGAGUUCUCGCGCUACAACUGGCUACGGGCACAAGCCGAGGUCGGUGCCGGACAACGGUUACGCGAGGCAAUUUUCCACACGUUGAGCAAAGUGGCCAAUGAUCUGGAAGCCCAGGCGCAAGCCACUGAGUUGGCCUUACGCAAUAGAAGACAUGAGUUGGAGCAAGCACUGGAUGAACUUAAAUGGCAAAAGAAACAAACGGAAGACGAAAUGGCUGAGAUGGAAAACGAUCUCGAGAAGCUUGAACAAGUAAUCAGGGAUAUGAUUCCAGCGGGUAAAUUGGCUCAAACUCGCUUGGAACGACGAACCUAUCGACCGGGGAUGGAACUGUGUCGUGACGCUGUGCAGUAUGGACUGACCGACGAGGUCAAACAGAUCGAAGUGACCAAGGAAGCACUUCUGGAAAAACAGCGUCAGUGCAGGCACGCCUUGGAUGCGUUGCACAAGCAGUUAAACCGAAUCAACGAUGAUAUUGCCAUAAAACAGGCAAGUCUUGAUUUGGAAAACCAAUGCCUCACGUUGAGGCAACAGAGAAUGGACCGAGCCCAACCAGAAGGUGACAUCGACGCACGCAGCACUGAGCCAAUCAAAGUGGACGAUAAAAUGGUCAAGCAGCCUCCAACAGCUCUACCUGCAAAUCUGGCCACCAAGUUACUAGCAUAGAGGAGUACCAGCAUGUGCAGAGGAGACUAAACAGUUAGAGACAAUAAUUUCCCCACCGUUAUGGUGCUUGUUUUAACUAGCAAUUCACUUUAUUCAUCUUCCACUCGACCAAACCAAAAUGAUAACGUAUCAAGAUGAGACAACCAGAUGUAUUCUAAUGAGAAUUUAUGCGCCUUGACGAUCUAGUCCAGAUCACUAUCGAAAUAGUUCAUCUUCAAAUUAUCCUGCUU